UUUGAAAUCCAAAACAACAGUCGCAUUGAGGUGCAUUGUAGCAUUUAUAGGCUUAUUUUGAAUAUAUGAACCCAGCUGAAACUCCAUAAUGACCUGCGAGUCAAACUGAGAAAGCGCAGCAGUUGAAGAGCAUUGCAACACCCGAGCACCGUGCAGAACAAAGAAGAGCGACUACAACAGACAUGUUCAGAACAAUCGCGCGUAUGCUUUUUGGAAGAGAGGAGGAGACCCCCGAAGAUAUCAAGGCUGGAGACACGAUGGAGGAAGGGUGGCAUGUUGUCACUCACCAAGAGGCAGGUUCAGCAGAAAACCAGGAUGCAAUGUUGACUGACAGCCAACCAUCCAGCUCUGUUCCUCAAGGAACAGACAUGGAAACUGACUGCGUUGCAGAUGGAGAGCCCACAGCACAAAGCGGGAGUACCGGGACCAGCGCUCAGUCCGUGUUCAGCUCUUUUUCCAAGCCCAAAGCUAUAGCCAAGAUGACACAGGCUAAGGUUUUGGCAGAGCGGCACCAUGUGUCCCGCAACGCUAUUCAACGCCAGAACCGUGUUCGCCAAGGAGUCCAACACCACUCCUACCACCUCCAACAGCCAGGCUGUCGCAGCCUCAGCCACUGAAUCUCUUCACUACAGAUUGCCUCACUCACACAAAAACCUAAAGCAACUGAAGACAGACAAAAAAUAAAAACAAAACAAAAACACUUGUAGGCUUUUCCACGUUUCUGCAAAUUAAGCUAAACAUUUAAUCUUUAUGUGCCAACACUAGUUAACUGUUACCAGGCAGCUACAUUAGCAUUUGAACUUGUACUGUAUCUGAAUUUGAAAUAAAGAAUUCACCUCAUAAAAUGAGAUAUGCUAGGUUUCUUUUUUUGUGUAUGUGCACAGGUAAAUUUAUACAGUGUUGGACCAAGUGCUAUGUUAUGUUUGACACCAUGCACUUCCCUGUAUGUUGUUGGUUCAGAACCUUUUUUUGAUACAUCAAUAAAAGUAUUAUUUUGCA